GUAAUACACAUAAUCUAUAAAAUUUAUUCAUUAUAUGAAGAUAUUAAAUACAACAAAGUAGCUUUUAAAUUUUUGAAUACAUUCCUAAAGAAUCAAUGGCCGCGAGCAAUUGUGUCCUGUUAGUUAUGCUCCUCUGGUUCCUUUUCGACGCGGGUCAGUCGGCGGAAUGGGAGGACAUCCAGUACGACCCGAACCAUCCCGGUAAGUGCACCAUCAACCCGGGCCUCGUCCUGAAUCCGGGGGUCAGCAUCAAGGAUCCCACGCACGAGUGCCGCAAAAUCUUGUGCGGACUUAACGGACGUGUCGUUUACCACAGCUGCGGAGUGAGCAUCCUGUCGCCUCCUUGCCGCUACGGUGGAUACAUCAAUCCGGAUCUUCCCUAUCCAAACUGCUGCAGCAGAGCCCUGCUUUGCAACUAGGCAGGCCGAUCGCUCGUGCUCAAUUGGAUAUAUUUUAUGUCUCUAACAAUAUCUGUGGAGAAUGUCGUUUGUGCCAGAAACGUAUACUAUUUGUGGGUUUUUUUGGAGCUUAGUGGUUUGCCACUUGUU